AUGAAGACUACCCCAAGAACUCCAUUUGACCCUCAAAAAUUAGUUAAUUCUCAAUCGCCCAAUGUAGACGAAUCAGCCGACACGAUGUUUGAGCAGUUGAUGGCAUCCACUUCUACUUCUCCUGCUCCUACUUCUGCUUCCAUUCGUCCAAUCCUAGAAUCUACAAGAAAGCCUCCAGACUUCCCUUCUCUAAUUAUUUUACCAAAGAGUUGGGAGUACAGCGAAAAUAUGGAGAGCAAUGAGGUGCUGGACCGAGGCGAAGUUACCGCCACCCCCUUAAAGCAAUAUCCUGAGCCAUGGAGGACGAGAUCACCACCUGAUAAUGUGUACAAGCCUGCACUGCCAGUUAUGGGUUAUGUGGAAACCCGUGUGGAAGCUCCUUCCAUCCCUGUGUAUCCUGUUAUCGUACCUGGACAAUCAGCUGAGAAGGUCAACACUAACCAUAACGCUGAAGCGGUUAUCCCACCUAUGACAAUCCCACCCGGCAAAGGUGAUGCUGUAGCGGUUACCUUACCACAUUCGAGUAACCCCACCUCCAACAACAUUGGUAAUACUGGAACAUUUGUCCUGCCCAAUCCAGUUUACCUGGGUGCCAACACCAACGGGCAUUCUGUGGCAUCUAACCUACCCAAUGCGUUUUACCUGAGUACGAACAACAACGGUAAUAGUGGAACAGUCAAUUUACCUAUGGCUGUUCAUGGCAAUAACAACGGCAAUGUGGAAGUAGCUACCUUACCCAAUCCCGUUUAUCUAAGUACCAACAAAAACAUUAAUUCGGGAACAGUUACCGUGCUCAACCCGGAUUACCUAGGUGCCAACAAAACCAAUAUUGAAAAGAUCACCUUAGCCAAGCCAGUUUAUCUAACUGCCGGCUCCGAAACCAAUAGUUUACCCGUUCCAACCCAAAAUCCGGAAUGGGUAGAACAUGGAUUGCGGGCGUUCCAGCAAGUUAUGCAACAGAACCAGUUAACAACAACGGAUACCCCUCUCGUAAUAAAAAUCAUCACAAGACCUGAUGAAAACUCAGCUGAGCAGUCUGAAGCUCCAGAGCCUUUUGGAACGCAAAAUACAGAAAAUCCUAUAAUAAAAGUUUUCCCGGAAGGUACUUCCCUACCAGCAGCGCAGCUAACUUCUGCGGAAAUGGAAGGCGGUCCCGCACUAAACAAGAAAACGGUACGUUUUUUGGAACGCAACUCUUAA